CGCUAACGUACGAGGACUCUUCUCCGGAUUCCUCUGGUUCAUCGCAUCGCAUCCUCAUUGAUUUCCUACACCUACCUACACUACACUCCUUUGGACUCUCUUUAUAUCUUCAAUUCCUGCACAAUCACCUAUUACUUCGUACUCCGUACCUUUCACCUGCCCUUCGAGACCGGCACUUCUUCGCCCCUUUUAUUCCUACUAAAAUCACGAUCAUCGCCGUCUCCUCGUCACUAAAAUUACACAACCCCGCCCAGCUGCCCAGGCCCCCAGCAAUUGCACUCGUUUCACAACCGACUAAACCGUGAGCACCAUUCGACACGAAGAAACACAGGACUCGUACGGAAUUCCAUCUGAUCUUGCUUUUCAACCUUUUGGAUACUGGUAUUAUUGUUGAACGAACACCACCACCACCAGCACCACCCACACCAACCAACCUCUUUGUUCCAUUGUUUCGCUACGCGACAUCAACAGCCGAACGAGGCGCAAGCGCUUCCAAGACACAACCGACGAGGCAGAAUAUUCUUGAGUUGCUUGGGGACAUGGAGUAAGGGGGACAGUUUAAAUCGCACCCACCGUCCUUUUUCCCUGCGAAUUUGCAGGGAACGAGUUUUCGAACGAACUUGUAGGAAUUUCAAUUGCGGCACAAAAGUUACAGCGACACGCAUUUACGAUGCCUCAUAUCACCACUGCGAUGGAGAGGAGUUUGCGGAGGGGACUAGGCGAUUAUUUCUUUGGCAGUUUUCUAGGAAGGAGAGCGAUAACCGACGACGUAAACAAUGUCAAGAAUUCCUUUUCCAGUUGGGAUAAUUGUAUGCAAGCGAGCUAUUGCAAGUAAGUUAUGGCAAAGUCCUUGGCUCCAGCCUCAUCUUUACUGACACUAUUAGAUGGCCAGUUAUAGCCAUAAUAAUAGUAGGGGGUCUGAUUCUGUUUUCUAUUCUUUGGUGUGCUAUUCGUUGUCUUUGUUGCGGCAUGUCGUGCUGCUGUACCUGCUUCUCAUUUUUAAAGUGCUGCGAUUGCUGUGGUUGCUGUGGUGGAUGCUGUGAUGGAAAGAAGGAUAGGAAGAUGAAAUAUCUGGAUGAGGAACACAGCAGAAAUAUUGGUGGGGGUUAUGCGCCAAACCAGGGAUAUCAAGCACCAGCUCCUAUGAUGAAUGGAGGUCUCAUCACUUCUCGCGAUCCCAUUCCGGACUCCGUUCCCAAAUUUGCCCAAUUCGAGGUGGGGAAGAACGGCCUAUACACAGAGCCAAAGCCUGCUGGAGUUAGUGAGGAUGCUCUACCACCAAUGCCAAGUUGGGACUCUGCAUCAAAGAAACAUGUUGAGGAUGAAAGCGCUGUGGAAAUGAAGAGUUUGGCUCCAGCCGCAGGUCAAAAUGUGCCACUAAUGGCAGGUACUGCUUCACCUGCACGUAAUUUGUCACCAGGUCCAGCGAAUGAAUACAACUCGCAACCAGGCCAAGCUAUAGGAGGAAAUGGAUAUAUGGGAAUCGGUGAUCGGUCGCCAGGACUUCCGCAGGAUGGGCUCAAUAAUAUGGGAUACAGGGGAUCUCCAGGACCUGGAAUGCAAGGCCAAAGGCCAGGAUACGGUCCACCAACGCCCAUGGCUAUGGGUGCGCAAGGAAGGGGAUAUGGUCCACAAGAUCCGUAUGGAAAUGGCGGACCUCAACCGCAAGGUUACUAUCCCAACAACGGUCAACGACCAAUGCCACAAAGACAAUUCUCCAACGAGUCUUCACGUGCGCUGGUUCCUGUAAGGCAGUAUUCUGAUAACUCAUAUGACGAAUAUCAGGCUCCUCCAUCAAGGGGACCACAGCCUGGUCCAUAUGAUAAUUAUCAAACUCCUCCACAACGUGGGCCAUCUAGAGGACCGCAACCACAGCGAUCAUAUGAUGACUACCAGAACAAUGCUCCUCCUCCGCGCGGUCCGUCCAGAGGACCAACACCAGGGCAUCCAUACGAUAAUUACCAAAACAACCCACCCCCUCCUCGUGGUCCAUCUCGCGGACCAGUAGUAAUAAGUCCAGGACCCAUCAAUAACGCUGGAUUUGACUUUGGAUACGGCGAUCAACAACAGCAACAAGCCCCGCCACCCCAGCAUCAAGGCAGCAGAGAUAACUAUGGCGGCGGAGGAGCUCCAGUCUCCCCGUAUGGCGUUGCAAGUCCACCAGUAGAGAAACCUGCCUACCCGGGAUAUAAACCAUACACACCACCGCCCCAACAGGCCCUAGGCGGUAUUCCCGAGUCCUUGAGUGCUGGGGGUGGGAGAGGCAGACCUCCACCUCAAGUUUGGGAUCCUGUGCAUCAAUAAAUAGGCUGGCCAACUCUCAAUGAUGCCGCUGUAAAUAGAUUGUUCCGUUUUCUUCCUAUCGCUAUUUUGUCUUAAUACGCGUAGUUACCUUUUUUUUAUUUUCUGGUUGGUCGAUCUAUGCAGCGCGAAGCAUUUCCUUGAGUUGGUUUUUUCUUCUCUGAAUCUUUUUGGUGGGAUUCAUUUUCAUGGGAAAAGAUGUUUUGUUGGUACUGUAUAUAGUACGGCAUACUAUACGUACUGUAAUGUACACUUCUUAUCUUUGGUCUGGAGGAGAGGUUAUUCGUUUUCUUGUUCACUUCAGCGGCAUUAUUUGACGGCGUUGGUUUGAUGUACUUACUGUAUUGUAUUAGAUGGAUGGUUGGAUGAGAUGUUAUAUAAGGCGAUGAGAUGGUGGGAAAAGUAGGUUUAAGUUAGUUGGUGGCCUAGAUAGUGGGCCUCUUGGGUGAACGAGGCGAGAUAUAUUAACAGCUAGUCUGGGUUGUAUGUAGCAAUGAUAUAUUGUUACGCAGUAUUGUUGUUUUUCGUGUGUGGGUUUUCUUGUUGAGAUGGGGGUUUUUGGUGGGUUUGUUCUUGGAAGAACUUUGUUUUCGCUGAUGAGGUGAGGUGAGGUUGUGUGCAAUCUAGUAUAAUCCUAGAGUCUAGUAUAAUCCUAGAGUUAAGAGUCUCCCCUGAGACUCUUAUUCAGAUUGGGUUGUGUGGAGUGUGGGGUUUAUAGUGUCCUGGGCAUGGCCUAGAGAUUUCUAUGUUGGUGCAGACAUUCAUGUUCUCUGUACCUUACCAUGACAGCUCGUUAAGUCCUUGAUUUUCAGCUUGAGAUAAUCCACGGGACUCUCUUGUCUAUUCUAUUUUCUAAUUCCAUCCUUCACUCCCCUAUACAUAAUAGAUUUUCUAGAUCAUUGGUCUACUCUACUCUACUCUACUAUUCUACCAGAAGCCGGGUUCUUAUAUCCUCUUUCCCUCUUGGGUCUCUGUUCAACUUCAACUUGUUCACUUGUUCUUGAUACAAAGUGAUUUCACUAGGUGUUUCUCGAUGUGGAACCUCAUCUUUGGAUCGAUGUACGUGCUGGAGGAGGUGAUGGUGAUAGUGAUGGUGAUGAGGAUGGGUUAUAGUUAUAGUCGUCAUUCUGUCGCCUUGAACCUCUUGACGUGGUGGCAGGUUGGUAGGCUACUCGACGGGUGGUCCUGGUUGUUGAAUGGUAAGUCCUUAUAGUAUCCACCUCCUCUUGCCUACCCAUCCUCUCUCGAGCAACACUCCUCGACCCCUCUCCCCUCUCCCUUCUGAAAUUCGAACUCGAACUCGAAACCCAAGGAGGAGGUCUGGAU